UGAAGUUUUAGCAUGUGAUGUUUUGUGAAAAGUGUUAAUUUUUAAAAGAAAAUAUCAAAAAAGUGUGUUUCGUGUAGUGCAGAAAAGUGUAAAAAAGGGUUCUGUGACUGUUACGGACUGUGUUUUAUAUGUAGCAGCAUCAAGUAUUCCAAAGUAAUAUUAUAUGGAUAAAGCCGUCACUUGAGGUGGUUAUAAGACAUGGAGUCUCAUGUUUUAAAUGUGUAUCAUCAUGCUCGCUACCGCACAAUAGACCAUAAGAUUAUGCGUACAACAAGUGAGUCACUGUCAUCAGAAGGUAGCUGUGACCAAAACAGUCCUGAAUACCUACAGGAUCAGGCAUCCAGUCAACAUGAGGAAAGUAAUGAAGAAGAUUAUUGGAAUAGUCAAAACAGAAAUUUGUGGAGCCAAAAUCAGAAGAUAAAUAUAACAAAAGUCAGUCAUGAUUCAAGUAUAGAUGAGGAAGAAAUUGAUGUUCAAGAAGUUUCCAUAGAUGAAAGAAUUGAUUCAUCUGAUAAUGAGGUGGAUCCAGAUUCAGCUGAAGAUACCUCUCUCAUUGAGGGUGCAGAUUAUGAUGUUAUCCAGGUAUUUGCUGUUGAUCCAGAUUUAGAUUUGGAAGGUUCUUCCUCUGAAGAUGAAGAACCAGAACCAGAACAAGAUGAUGAAAAUGAAGACGAAGGAGAAUACCUAAAUUCGGAUGACAUAUCUAACCACACUGAUACUGAUAAUUCUGUUUUGUACCAACAAAACCCCUCAGAUAAUAUAUGUGAAGGUAAUUUAGGCAUAAAUUUAGAUACAUCUAUAGUUUCAAAUGUUGAUGAAUAUUUUAUAGAGGAGAAAGAUAUAUUGGCUGUUAAAGAUGAGCCUGUUGUUAAAGAUGUUGAUGAGUAUUUCAUUAAAAAUGUCAAAGAACUUUCACAACCACCUAUUGAGGAAGAUUUCUUAAUACCUGAGAAGUUGCCAGAUGAAUCAGACUUUCGAAUACAAAAAAAUGUUGUUGAAGAAUUUUUUGCUGUCGAUCAUAAUGAUGAUAAGAGCGAAAUUCUAAAAGUAAUAAUUCCUGAUCCAGAAACAGAAAUAGAGACAGAAUUGCCUAUUAAUGAAACAGAUCUUGCAGGCUUGCCUAAUAUUGAAGAUUUAAAAAGGUAUCUGUUAGAAGAUAUGCCAUAUAAUAAGUUGAAAAAUGCUCAAAGAUCAUGCAGCGUACCUCAUUCACCAAUGCAUAAUCUUUGCUUAGAUAUAGAUUCUAAAACUUGUUUAAGCUUUGAAGAUUUGAAUCUUGACUUGUCUGAUUUGUCCUUUGAUAAUUGUAAAGACAAAUCUAACAAUAGCUCAAAAAUUGAUGAUAUACCCCAAACUCUUACAGAAGAAGAUGUAAAUAGUUUUUUAAUAACCUCUUCAUGUCCUCCUAGUAUAAAAAAUCAAGAUGAUUUAAAGCUUCAAGAUAUGGAAAUUGAUAAACCUGUUGAAUCCAAAAUGUCUGAAGACCAUACUAAAACACCUGUAAUAGCCUGUGUUGAGCCUAAUGCAAAUUACAAGAGCAGUAUAAACAAAAUUCCAGCUAUAAACCCAGCUACUAUACAAGAUCAACACCCUGAACUAAAAACAGUCAACAUAAAAGAGGAGCCAAUUUCUCUCACUCCUUUAGCUAAGACUCCCUUAAAACCAAAAUUAACAGUUUUUGAUUUUUGUAUAGAAAAAAAAAUUAAAAAGGAAAGAGAUGUAAAAAAUGAGAUUGAUGAUUUUGUGGAUGUUGAGUCUUGUAAUGAUUCUGUUAUCCCAGUGCUUGAGGCAAACAAUUUAAAUUCUCUAUUAGAGCAAUUUGAAGCUACCGAAAAAUUAAAUAAAAAGAAAGAAAAAAUUAUUAAGGUGGAAACUAUAGUGAAAUCUAAACCAAUAACAACUUUAACCAAUGGAAUGCGAUUACAUGAUGCAGGUGUCCAAUUGAACAAAAACAAAAUGCGACAGAUUUUGAUGCCAUCAACAAUAAAUACUACAGCAAGAAGAUCUCCAAGCCCUGUGCAUUCAGAUCAUGACUACUGUACCACUAAAAAACGGCACAGCCUUCCAAACAUAACAGGCGGCCGUAGUUUAUUAAAACCUGAGGUCUUAUCCAGUAAUAAUAAGAUCUUAAGUUCAAGGCACAGAUCUUGUAAGAACAAAAAGAUUGUGUAUCAUCAAAGUAGUGAUGAAGAAAGUGAAAAGUGCAAUGCUAGUAAGAAAAAAGUUGUAAACAAUCGUGCUAGUGAUGAUGAUAGUGACAUUAAAAAGAAAUGUAGUACUAAAGAAACUUUAAAAGUAAAUGCUAACAUUAAUUCACGUAAGAAAAUAUCUCCUGUGCAUUUUAUUUCUGACUGUAGUGUGGAUAAAGAUAACGGUUCUGUGAUGGUGAAAAAUGCUUCUAAAGCAAGUGAUACUGCAAGUAGUCAAAAUUCUAAUGGUAGUCUUAAAUUAACUAUUAAAAAUAAGUGUGAAGUUAUAAUUAGACAUGGUGAUGCUAAGGAACUUGAUAAAUCAAAAAGUACUAUUUCUGAAAAAUCUCCUGUUAAUAAUGUUAAGGACAGUUUAGAGGAAUCUAGAUUAGAGAAAUUUAAGCAUGCUAGUGAUAAAAGUCAUGGUCUUACUGAAAAAAUUAAACAUGCUAAUGAGGUAACUGAUAGAGUUGCUGAGCAAGUCAAACAAGAACAUUCAAAUGGCGAUGAUUUCUACGUUACUCUAUUUAAAGAUAAAAAAGACGUACAAGUACCUCAAAAUAUAACGAAAAUUACGGAAAAACGAAGCCACGACAACGUCGAAAAUGUUUUACAUGAAUCUGCAAACGGAGCUGAAAAUGAAAUACAGCCGCAAAAAAAGAAAAAGCUUAAUUUACAAGAAUAUAAAUUACGCCGUGAAAACAAUAAUUCAAAUCAAAGUUCGGCGCAAGUUAGUCCAGAAGCAAUAUUCCCAGAAAUGCCAGGGAAUAUUAACUUGGAUAAAGCAAUUUCCAGCAGUCCACGGGAUAUGCCGGCUGCUGUUAAACCUGCAAUUGAAGAACAUAAUAAUAAACCUACUGUCAGUUCUGAGACGGCUAAAAAGAUUUUCGACCCUAUUCGUGAGGCAUCUAGAAAAAUUCUUAUGAAUACUAAGAAGUUAAAGGCCGAGGCUUUAAGAAAACGAGACGAAGAUUUUAUAAUGAGUAAGAUACCAAAAGUUGAAAACCUGGAAUUACAACCAUUAAUUAGUGAUGCCGAAAUGCUGAAAAUUGUUAGUAUGUCUGCUAAUCCCAUUAUUUCUAUACCGAUUCCGAAAUCGAACGAACCUUAUUACCAUCAGCCACCCAAAAACUAUGAUGAAAUUAUCGUGGUAAGUAUGGGAACAAAUACGGACGAAAAAGUUUUCAAGGUAACUGAAUCAAUACCUGAAAUAAAAAGACAUAAACCACUGUCUCCAGCAAAAGAGAAUAAAUCUACUAUAAACUUUAAAAUAAAGAAAUCUGACAAUAUCCUAAAACACAAUGUUUUCGAAUCCAUGAAAGCUGAGCCUAGUCCUAAAGAAGAUCAAGCUGCUGACAUAAAAAUAGAUGAAGAACGCUACAAAGAUAUAGCAGCUACCUUAAAAAGUGUAGGAAAACAAGUAGACACAAAGAUAUCUAGUAAUUCUCUCUUUGCAAGUAUACAAGACGUCGUAAUGAAAAAAGCUACAACUGUACAUAAUACAAAUUCUCAUCCGGACCAAAAACAAAAAUUAAUUACACCGGUACACAAAUUAGAAUUUGUAUACCCUAAACCCAUUAUUGUCCGGGACUAUGACGAAAAUGCAGACCAUGGCGAGGACAAAAUCAUUCUUCAUUUAGAAAAAGGUAGAAUUAAACCAGAAACCCGUGUUGCGACGGUUCAAACCGCUUGCACUGAAGUAUAUCAACAACUCACACUUGAAGUAACUGAACAAAAAACACCAAUAGAUCAAACAAUUUCGCCACGAAAAAGAAACGAUAGUGACAUGUCAAUGUCUAGUGAGGGCAGCCCUGAAAGGAAGGAUUUGAAGCUUCCUCUACCAAAGACUGAAAAUAAGCGGCAAGACUUAAAACGCGAAAAAUCGCCUAUAAAAGAGAAACGUUCACGUUCAAAAGAUCGGCAUGAAAUUAAAUACAGGCGCUCUAGAUCACAUUCUCGUGGACAUAGGCGACACAGAUCAAGAACUAGAACGCGUUCAAGGUCCCGUGGAAGAUACAAGAGGUACAGGCGAUCUGAUUCACCGUAUCGAAGAAAAAGACGUUCAAGGUCUCCUUAUAGAUCACCCCCGAUGCGUAGAGACUAUCGUUCCGCUCGAUCUGGAUCGAGGUACGCCGAAACUAAAAGCUCAAUUGCUAAGAAAAGUCCACAAAAGAUCGAAAAAAAGACCAAGUCACUUACACCGCCAAUUAGAAAACCAACUGUCUCUGAGAGUUCUGACACAACUACUUCUUCCAGUUCCUCUUCGCUAUCCAAUACUAGUGGGUCUUCAUCAAACUCAAUAGAAGGUUCCAGCACGUUCCGAGGCAAUAACUCUAGGGCGACAUCUUUUAGGAAUUCUUACAGUUCUGAAGAUAGAGAGAGCAAUACACCCGUGGAAGAAAGACGGAUAGUGUUUGUGGGAAGGUUAGAGCAGGACAUAACUAAGUCUGUGUUGCGGAGUCAAUUCUCCAAGUUCGGACCCGUUACUGAAGUUAGACUCCAUAGCAAAGAAGACGGGUCUCGCUACGGUUUUGUAACUUACCAGCGACCAAGGGACGCGUGGUCAGCCGUUGAAGCGGCAUCAUCAUUUCCUCAGUAUGAUGUUGGAUUUGGUGGUAGACGAGCAUUCUGCAGGCAGAGUUAUGCAGAUCUUGAUGGGCUUGAGGCAAAAUAUACAGAGAGUGCAUUUCACGGCCAGGCGUCCGCUCCCCCUCCGCGCCGGAGCGAUGACAUGUCCUUCGAACAAAUGUUGCUAGAUAUAAAAAAGAAAUUGAACAGUCGUAAAGGAGACAAAAGAUCGGAAGAUAGCGCUUGACGAUUGCUUUCCGCUAUCUUCCUUGUCUUUGAGAUCUUGGCUAACUCCAUAUUGGUCUUAAUGUCAUUUUUGACUUUGGCAUCUCAUAGGUUAUCUGUCAAAUUGACAGUUGCAAUUUCGAUGAUGACACAAAGUCGAACAGAAUGGGGCAUAGUUCUUGUGUUAAAAAGAGCUAAAAUCGAAACUUCUACAACUGUAGGUAAUUUUUGUCAUGGACUACAUUAUGUACGAAUGUGACAUUCACGAGAAUAAUGCCCUAGGUUUUGUUUGCACGGUAUAUCUGUCAGUUUUGACGUUUAUCAAUCGAGAUUUGUGCAAUCGUAAAGACAUAUUGUUUUAUUUUGCUCACUAUGUACCUACUUAGUUGAUCGUAGUACAUUUUUUAGACUGUGUAAUUAGUUUUAUUGUAAAUAGUUUAGUUUAUGUAGCUUCGUUAACACUACCUCUUAUUUUAAUAGAAAGUUUGUACAGUCACAGUCAUAAGUGAAAGUGAUUACAUUUUUAAAGAGUCCCUGAAUUAUGCUGUCCUUUUGAGACUAAUGUCUAGCCCAGUCUGGUUUGAAUCUCAGGGAACAUGUUUGGUUCAAGGCUGGCAGAUCAUAUUUGACAGUUUUGGGAUUACUUCAAGUGCUGUAAAUUUAAAAAAUAAUUUCACUUAUGAUUGGUUUAAAAAAUUUCAUAGACAAUAAUAUUGUUUUUGAUCAAAAACACUGACUGUAGGAGGAAAGCUUUCGAGUAUGUCUUCGAAAGACAAUAUAAAUUUAAAUUGAAAGUUUUCCUUCUGGUCCUAUAUCAAGUUUUAUAGAGGCUAAGUUUGAAAUCAUAAUAUGUACAUAAUUGCAGAAUCCAUCCAGUUUUAAGCUUGACAUAUAUAUCAGGGAUUUUCAUUGCCAUUAUAAUAGCUUCAUGUACAUGAUAGAAAUGCGAUGAUAUUUUUAUACGAAAACACUAAAUGAAAUACAAUUUUUUAAAUAAAGACUCGUUUACUUAUUCAUAUAUUCCUAUAGUCACUGGUGACUUAAAAUUAGUAGGUGACAGUACUGGUAAUGUAAGGUUGAAAUGGUUUUUAUUUGAUAAUGUUUUUCAUUUAAGUGUAUUAGUAGAUUUACAAAUUAAUUUGGAUCGCAAGUUAUGAAUUAUUCUUGCAGAAAAUGCAUUUAAAGCUUAAAAUCGUGGAGUAGGUCCCGAAUACGGACGAUUUUUCGAUUAGAAACAUAAGAUGUAUGCGUAAAUAAUUUGGCAAGUUGUAAGAUGCGCAGCAGUCGUUUUGUAAUAGUAUACGUUAACUUAUACCUACCACGAAAUCUUCUCAAGCUUUUCAUACAGAAUAAUUACUUCAUGACUUGUGAUAAUAAUAUAUGUAUUAAUAAAUAUAUCGUAAUGAAAUUUACCUUUUAUAGGUUUUAUAAAAACUAAUAGUUGUUUUAACAUAUUGAUCGCUAAAAUUUUAAAUGGUUUUGCAAAUUAUAUUCUAGCUUUUCUAUGCUUCCAUUAUGCAUGUGCCAAAUUUCUGUUCCUAAUCUGACUGAAUAGAUAUAAUCACACUUUUAUACGGUGCCACGGACAAAAGUAUCACGCAUCUACAAUCGAAAACGAUUGCUUGUUUGUCAUUGGUUAAACGAUACGAGUCAAGUGUCUAUGAACGAGAUACGCUUUUAAUCAAGCGCGAAACGUGACGUCAUUGCAUCUCUCGUUUUAGCAUCCCGUUUUGCUCACUGGUGACGAUACCCAGCCGGACGUUAAUCUCUUUUGGGAUCAUCUGGUACAUAACAUUAAAAAUGAAAUUAAUUAGCAGUUACAGAGUACCGGCGCAGUACCAUAUGAAUUCUAUUGAUGUGGGUUAACGCAUACCGGAAAUACUUUUGUUUAUGGCUCAUAUUCACACGUUCGGUAUCUGUGGAGUUUAGAAUGCGGUUUUGAAAAAUCGUUUCGCGUCGUUUGUGAUUGGUCGCCAUCGUCCGACGAAUCACAAUGCAGCUUUUGGAUCCGUUUUUCGAUGCUACUUAAUAUUUUAUAGAAAUUUAUCAAUGUAUUAAUACAUUAAUAUUCAAAAAAGGAAUUUGGUUGAACUACAGUUUCCGUUGUAAUAGAAAUAAUCUAGGAGCGCACUUGGAAUGUUGUUUAAUAAUCUUUGAGAUUUGUAUCCACAGAAUACCAAAAUGCAAAUAAUUUUUUAUUAACAACAUGUUAUGAGAUCAUUACAGUUGGAAGGGCUAUUCUUGCACCGUGCUUUUGUGGUGUUAAAAAUUGUAUUUGAUUUUCCUCAAGGCAACAACGAUACUGGCGGCUUAAAUGACGCGAAAGUUUAAGUGCGCUCACGUUUAAGCAAGUUUCAUUGCCAACGAUGCACCCAUGUACGGGGUUAUUAUUCUGUAUAUUAUAUAUAUUGUAAGUGUUAUCGAUUUACCUCUUUACAUAUUGUAUACGUGAAUCCAAGUUUGUUGAGGAAUUUAAAAAUCCUGCAAAGACGGGUAUUCUAAAUGUUUUAUGAAAUUAUCAUUAAAGUUACCCGAAUUUGAACAAGUUUUUGAAACAAAAAUAUAUAGUCCCUAAACUUUCCUUUACCACUAGUAGUCAGUUUGAGCAACAUUAUACAUUUUUUUACUAAAAUCUUGUGAUUUUCUGCAUAACCUUAUCGAAAAAAAUAUUUAAAUACAUCUUAAGUUUUUCUAUUGAACCACUAGAGGGUAGGAUUUAAAAACUAGUUAGCGUUGUGUCAAAUAUAAAUGGAUUUUGACAUAUACGAGUCACACUUAGCGCUAAGCACGACUCUAAAUCUUACCCUUAGAGCUGAAGCUCUCUGAUCAACGGAAUAGUUUUCUGUCGAUCUGUCUUUAGGUAAAUAACACCUAGUCACUACUACGAUAACUUCGUUGUGAUCAUAUUUAUUUUGUCUUUAACGUACGUGUAGUUUCUUAAGUGAUAUCUCGCCUUUAGAAUUAAUAUAAAAACGCGAGACAAUACGCUAAGAUCAAUGUUCUUUUAUUUAGUUUGCCACACGAUAACCUAAUCAAAUAUAUAACUUUUAACAUACAAUAAAUCAGCUUUCUAUGAUAAGAAUCAAAUCUAGUCUAAAAAUCUGUUAAAUCAUUUUUACUCAGGACAAAUGUAUGAAUACGUUUUUAAUACGAAAUCCGACGUUUGUUGAAAUAGAUAACACGUUUGCGCAUAUUUUUUUAACAUUGUAUGCUUUUAAAAAAAUAAUUUGUUAAAAACAAAAAAAAAAUAUAAAAGAAGCGCACAAGUUUUGUUGAACAAUCAUUUUAUAGAAAUAUAUUAGUAAUGGCAACACAUUUUUAAUUGACACUAAUUGUUACCACUAUAUAUUUUAUUAGAAACGCCACCUAUACGCAAAUAUUGGCGUAGCCACUAUCGAGCUUUUGUAGUAUAGUAAAAACAUAUUUACUCAAUACAUAUUAAACGGGUUUUGAAAACUCUAAAUACUCUAUUUGUGUAAAAAUAAUUUGAAUACCUUAAACUGGCAACAUUUUAGUAUAGUCUGACCGAGAAGAAACCGUCGUGGAAUUAACUUCUGCUAAAUUAGCUUAUUUUUACGUCAUAUAGUACGACAUUAACCAUCUGGAUAAUUAAUAUAUAAAAAUUAAAGGCAUAUGAAUUAUAGUAGAAUAAAUACCACGCCGGUUCCAUUUCCGCAAUGAAUAUGAAUUUUAUUAUUCAUUUUAGUCAUAUUAACAAGUCUGCCAUUAGCUUUAUUACUUGACUGUUAAAAUAUGUAUAAUAUUUUUAUCUAAGACAGCUGAAAUGUACUUGAAGGUUACCAAAUUCGAACUCAAAAAAUGUAGCAACUCUUUGUUAAGAGAAGUAGCUUUUUUUGGAUUUGCUAUAAAUUACCAAUGUGUAUGACUUAAACUGCUGAAGGCGUUUUGUUUGGCAUUCACAUUUUCUCACAGAAAAAUAUGAUUGAUUUAAAAUAAUUUAAAAAGUUUGAAAUGUCAAUUUGCUAAUAUUUUUAUCUUGAAUCAUUGUUAUGUCUUAAAUGACUAGGUUAAGUUUAGGAAUUGAUUAAGAACGAAUUAAGUGUAAAUAAAUAUGUAUUUAGAUUUACUACUUGUACAUUUGAAAGUCCAAUUUUAUGUUUAAAUUAGGUUACAUUUAAAAUCAUACAAUGUAAGUAAUAUAGACUCAGUGAGAAUGUUUUAUACGUAAAGUUGUUGAGAAUAAAGUAUUUUGAACAA